AUGUUUAGAAAGAUGAAGGAUCUUAUGAAGGAUCUCCCGACUGCUGUGUUUGGUGAUCAACAACAACAACAACAACAACAACAGCAAUCUCCCUCUCAUAGCAAUCCUUCAAUGUUACACAACGACACACAUCCAACUAGUGUCCACUUCUCGCCACAGUCUCCUCAACCGCAACCAAUCUCACCUCCAACUCGUGUCAACUCCUAUCAAUCAACAACAGCAAUGUUAUCAUCACCUUCAAUAUCAUCAUCCUCAACAACAACAGCAACAACAACAACAGCAACAACAACAACAACAAAUGACGUCCAUUUGCCCUCAACGACGAUCGACGUAUGGACUGUCAUGACAGCGGCCGAGAUCCCGUCGAUCAAAGCAUCGAUGACAUCACCUGCCAAGCUAAAGGCUCUGUGGCAGGACUUUCUCUCAAGCAAGUCUGACAAGGACAAGGUCAGCAGACUGAACAAGGUGUUGCCGCACUUUAUCUCUCUCGUGGAGGAUCGCAGUCUCGAUGUCAGGAGCAUGGCCGAUGUGUUUGGCAACAACUCCAAAGCCUUCUCAUUUGCUGUUUCACGUCGACUCGUCAAGGAUUUGCAGGAGCUCCCAAAGAUGCAAGCUGCUUCUCAAUCUAAGGAGAUGUUGUCCAGAGAGGAGUUCAAAUACUUUUCACAGUGCGGUCCUACCAGCAACUACGGCUUUGAGAUUCUCUACACGCUUCAAUUGUUAUCAGAGACACAGUUGGCGUGUGAGGCCAUGGCCGAAGCCAAUGUACCGUCAAACUUGGUGCGAUCCCUUCAGCACCUUUUCAAUGUCCCGUACACAUCCCUCGAAUCGACCAAGGGACUAGUUGAGGACAAGAUCAUUGCGACCCUGUGCAAUCUUUCCAAACAAAAGAGUGCCAUCGAGGAGUUGCAAAAGAGCGACACACUGUCCAUAAUGUUUGGACUGAUGUCACAUGAGUGUCCAGCAACACAUCGUCCACUCCGCUCAAAGGUUGUGGCCUUUGGCAGUGAGUUGUCUGACCUCCAUCCACCCACCAUAACAUAUAUCAACUCCAAGAAAAUCAUGUCACAAUUGAUUAAGGAUUUGAACAACUACUUUGCGUUCACUACAGAGACAUACGUUGCAAUAUGUCAGAUGAUCAUCAAGAUCCUUCACGAAUCUGCCAAAAAGUCGGCAAUCCUUCUUGAUGACUUUCAAAAGAUCGACGGUUACUCCUUCCUGUUGACAUCUCUCUUUCGCCUCGAGUCUUCAAAGGAGAAGCCCAAACUAUUUGACGCCGUUCUCGAUUCGAUUUGCUCACUGGUCUAUGUCGGCUAUGGCCACAUCACUGUUCCAGAGAGCUCCCCUGUCCCCUAUCAAACAUCCAUAAGCCAUAACCUUAAAGAAAUAUCAAACCAACUGUAUAUCGCCAAGAAUGAAUCGGCAUUCUUAAUAAUGGAGAAAUAUUUCUUGCAGUCCAAGUACGAGGACAAUCGCAUGAAGGUGCUGGACCGUGUACUUUCAGUAUACUCGUCCAAUCCAGUCAACUUCAUUCUCCUGCAGCAUCUCAACACGCUGACCAAGUUCAUUCAAGAAUAUGAAAGCUUUAGUAAUCCACUAAAGCAUCAUGUCAUGAGGAUUGUCAGCUUCGUAGUAACAGUGUUAAACUUUGUACCAUUCCAAGAGCUCAGCACAUUCUCGUUGCUUCUGAACGAGAAACCAUCAGUAUUCACAUUGGAGAUGAUCUAUCAACUCAUCACAACGCUCGUCAACUUUGAAUUUCGUUACAAACAUAUCUUUAGGGAGGCAGGACUACUCGACAUUCUUAUCAAAGUCGUUGAUCUUUACACACUUGAUCUACACAAGAUUCAACAGCAACAGCAACAGCAACAGCAACAACAACAACAACAACAACAGCAACAACAAGCACUGGACACCACAAUGGAACCCAACAAACAGGAGUCAUUCGCCAUCCUACUGGACUCGACCUAUCUACUGAUAGCUGAACAUCCAGACAAUAUCUCUAUCACCAGGAAAUAUGACUUAUUCGAAACGAUGCUCUCAUUGGUACCGUACACAUUCAUCAGGAACAAGGCAUUGCGUAUCCUACAACAGUUGAUAAAGUACGAUCCAGACACGUCACAGAGAGAGUUCAAUGGUUUGGUUAGCAUCCUUACGACUACACCAACCAAUCGGGCAGUCCAGAUGAAGACCGAUGUGUUCAACUCGAUUCGUAAACUCUUUGGUAUAUCAAAGUAUGCUCGUGACUCUUUCAGAGAGCAUGGAGGCUUUGUCGCCAUUGUCUCUGUGCUUAUUGGUAUGGAGUCUAGUUUUGCAACACCAGUAGACUCGGCCAACAACAAUAACAACAACAACAUCGAACAAAGCGACGAAGCUUCUCUGGACAGACUGGCACUUCUAGAGUCGAUAUGUCGUGUGACAACAUCUGCACUCUGUGGAAAUGCACUCAACAGGACCUCGUUCGAGCAACAGAUCGGAUACUCCACAUUUGCCACUGGUCUUACCCUGACCAGUGUUCUCAAGACAGUGCAUGCACCACGUGUCGUUGACUUUAUCUUUGACAUGGUCACUGAGAACCUCAAUGGCAGUGAUAUCCAGAGCAACCGCAUGAUCAUCAGCAAUGUGGAUGCGUUCAUAGUCAUUCUUGACAUCAUCCCGCACAUUACCAACGCUACCUACGUAUUGGACAUUGUCAAGCGACUCAAUGACAUGGCAGACUAUGGUCGCUUCAACCAAGAGGCACUUUCAAAGCUGUCAAUACCCGACUGGAUUCUCACCAAGUUCCCUUCGUCACUGAUGAGUACCACCGAUCCACUUCAACCACACCUGCUGCGUCUCAUCCAGACUGUUGGAGCCAAUUGUCUUUCGGGCACUGAGCUACGUCAGUUUGUCAAGUUGCUCAAACCAGAGCACUCACCAGAGGUGCUUCUCAAGAUUCUCGCCUCUAUGGCCAAGUCUCCAUCGACACCACCAUACUUUGAAUUCAACCCAUCGAACCGAAUGACGCAUGGUUAUAUUCACCUUCCAGUCCAGCAUCAAUGGCCACCAACCAAUGGCUAUACUAUCAUGUUUUGGCUGUACAUCGAGAAGAAUGGCCCACAGAUCGACCUCGUCCAGAUUUACUCAGAGGACAAGAAGUCCAACCUCUCACUUUGUAUCAAGAAUGGACUACUCAGCGUUGUGAUUCUCAACACAUCCAAGUAUGUGAUCGAUUUCCGUGAUCGAUUCGAAGAGGGACAGUGGUACCACAUUGGCAUUGUACAUGCUCGCCGUCUUUUAUCUGGUACAGACUUCAAGGUGUUUGUCAAUGGUUUCCUGAAGGAGAAGGCUGCCAAGGCACCCUAUCCUGCACAAGCUACUGGAAACCUAUUCUGUGACAUUGGAUCAACAUUGGGAAAUCGUCAUCCCGGAGAGCAGAUCUGGCGAGUUGGACCAUUCUACUUGAUUGAGGAGGCAAUGAGCUCCAAGCAUAUCAAUACUAUCUUCUUCCUCGGACCAAACUAUAGCGCCAACUUCAAGGGCCGUUUCUCACCCUACCAGACCUACGAGAUAAUCAAUCACCAGAACCUCACAGCAAUCAAGGAGCUUGAGUAUGGCGAUCAGCUCGGCCCACUCAAUCUCUCUAAGGUGUCUAUGCAGAUCGACGAGGCCAAGAUCAUCGUUGGAUUGUGUGCCAACAACAAACGUAUCAUUCGCAACACUCAAUCAUCCAGCAGUGAUAAGUCCAACCUGCCACCGCACGUUGAAUACGUCAUUGGAUCAUCACGGGACAUUGCCACCAAAGACGCAGAGUACAAGGUGGAGAUCAUCAAUCAGGCGGACCUGUCGGGCAAGGUGCGUGGCCAACUAGUUGGCAGUGUUGAGGCCUUCCGUAGGAACAAAGUGGCUGAUGGAAUUCGAAAGAUUGGUGGAAUGCCAGUCCCUCUGCUUCUCUUGGAGAAGGCUAACAGUUUUGAAACCCUCCACGAUGCCUUGCAACUUCUGGUGGGAGUCAUCCAAUGCCAUCCGACCAACACACAUGAGAUGGCACAGAUCAACGGUUAUGAGAUAAUGGCUUGGAUUCUGCGUCGCAAACAACAUCUCUUUAACAAUAGCGUGAUAGACCUCAUCUUUGACCUUGUUGGUAUCAAUGGGGCAACCAGUGUCACCAAUCGACUCGAGGGUACAGUGGCCAAUUGGAAUGCUUGCAAGUAUAUCCUGCUCGACCAUUCCGUGUGGAAGAACACUCAGAUAGAGUAUCAGCGAUACAUCUUGCAGGGUUUCAACGACUUGGUAGUGGACAAUCAUCAGCACAGCUUCAACGCCGAACAGUUGCGAAAGAUUUUCAUCAUCCAACAACUGUUUGACAUACUCCAAGACGACAGUGUAUCAGAGGACAUUGUGCAGAGCGUCAUCACAGUUCUCUACAACAUGUUCAACGAGAAGUUGAUGGUGGAUGACAUCAGACUGCUCUCUGCCUAUCUCAUAUAUGGUCUCCACGCCAACCAGACCAGACGUUCACGCAGAUACUCUAGCAAGAGAGCUGCGCUCGAUGUUAGAGUGAAUCAGACGGUCAACCGCGUAUUCCAGAUGUUCCUUCAGGUAGUCACCACAUCCAAAGACACCAGUGUGAUCUUUCGUCGGGUGUCCUCUUUUUGGAGCUUCUUCUUCAUCAGUGAGAAGUUGCCGCCCCUCUCAGUGUCACUGGCUCUCAAGGUUUCAGUUGCGUUCUUCCUCCUCAAGCACGAGUAUUGCCAAUCGUUCAUCAAGAAGAAUGGCUUUAAGCUGCUCGAGGACAUUCUAUCGGGUAUGAACGGCUAUCAAGAGGUGUAUCUCUCUCUGUUGCAUCUUCUGUUGGGAAGCAAACCAAGCGUUUUGAUCGAGGGUCAAACAACACAACAGACAGCAGGAACAUCGACCACUGAGCAACCUUUGUCCAACCUUGAGUUCCACGAGUUGCUCAACAUCUUUAGAGCCAGUGAACAGAAGCUCUACUGCAUUGAAGCCGCACAGUUAAUACUAUCAUUGGUCAAACGCUCCUACGAAGACAACUACCAGUACAUACAUGAUAGACCACAACAGUAUCACUCUGGAGACCAAAGUGAGCUCACAAUCGACGACCUUUCUGCCCGCUACCAGAUCCCUUCUCCUGUAUCCACCACGCCAUCAUCAUCUUCCAUGUCUGCUUCACCUCUUUCAUUCUCGCAGACAAUCAACAGCUCAACCACCUCCACUGCAGGUGCCAAUAACACAUCAGCACCACCGUCAAGCGGAGCGUCUAGUAUGCUGGCGCGUGUUGGAAACUUCCUCAACAAGUUUGAAGAGAUAACACUAGAUCUUGCAGGUGCUCUCGAGGAGACUGAUGGUCAGCAACCUUCUUGGUCCACCAAGAGGCGACGAAGCACAUCCUUCAGCACCAGUGCGGUGCCCACCCACAGUGUCGUCCCCAUCUCUGCGGCGUCGUUGGCAUCUUCACAAGUGGUCGACAUUGGUGUUGUGCAGCCACUCAUGCCUUCAGCCACACCCGAGGUGGCAGCCAAUUUGCAGCACACCAUACUCACCUACUUUAUGUAUCUCUUCCACGAGAAUGGUAGCUUCCAGCAGGAAUUCUUCAACGAAUCCAUGAUCGAGUACCUGGUCUCCAUACUCUACCCUGGGGGCCGUUUGACUCUACUGCCAGUAACACAAUUGGACAACAAGAAGAAGGACCGAGUUGCAGACCUGAUCAUGAAGUUCUUGUGUCAGAUCGUAUUGUCAGCACUGCGCAAGUCAAACAAAGCAAUAGCCAUCACUGAGACUGUCCUGGACUCUACGCCAAUCAAGAGCAGCGACGACGACCACCUCGUCUAUCACACAAGGAUUCUCUUUGACAUACUCUACACAAUAGAGAACAACAUCACCAAGUCAGAGUUCUUUGAGAGUGAGCGUGGUGUUGGUUCCAACCUCGUCAAGUUCUGUUCCAUGUUGGUGGAUCGCGCACAUCUCGACAUGUUCAAGGGUAUCACACGUCGUGUGCUUCUCUUCCUGGUCAAGCUACUGGAGAAGCUUGAGGCCGACCGCCCCUCGCUCAAGAAUGUACAGCCUAUCUAUCGUAGUUUGAAUCGUAUCACUCUGCACAUGAUCAACAGCAAUAGCAACAACCUUGGCUCUGAUAUGAUGACGGAGGAGCAAGAGGCAGACAUUAUCUUCACGAUCAAUCACAUCUUGAAUCAUCAACGCAUUGUCUUUAGUGACAACAACAACGAUUCGGACUUUAUCGCAUCACUCUGUUACCCACUAUUCAAGUUGACAACAGAGGCGCCUCAGAUCAUUGUGGAUGGCGCCAUCAAACUCUGGAAGCUGUUGGUGCAGUUGCGUUCACCAUUCGCCGAGACUCUCUCAUGGACUCUUUCAUUGCGCACACAACGAGGCGAGGUGAUAGACCUUCGACCUGGCUUUGACCUCCUGGCCAGCAAGGGUGUCAAGGAGUUCAACAAGUACAUACAGGACAACAUCGUGUCUGUCAACUUGGUGUUUGAGGACAAUGGCAAGAAGGCUCACCUCAAUUCACUCAGUGCCGAGAAGAAGGGCGAGUCUGACUACCUCUACAGCAUCAGAUAUUUGCGUAAGGAGAGAAUGUUGGGUCACGAGAAGAAUCAACGCAAGAUCGCAGCGAAUGAGGCCGAGAAGAAGGAACACAUCACCAAGAAGAUUGAGUACUUUGUCUCGUCAGAGGUCGAGAGACGCAAGAAGAUCAAUCAAUCAGAGAAGGACAAGCUAAAGUUCAACACCAAACAGUUCGAGUCGAUUAAGGACCAGGUGACACGAGAGCGCGCUGUGUGGGGACCGAAUGACCCGUCACCACUCGAUAAGUUCAAACUGGACUCCACAGAGGGUCCAUAUCGUAUGCGCAAGAAGACCGAGAAGAACUAUGACUUUUACAAGAACUACCCAUUCGUGCCACCAACAUUCGAUGAGAGCAACAACAGUCUCCUGCCUCUUCCAUGCAGUGAGGACAGCAAGGCCUUCAUGGACAUUGCCGGUACACCUGAUGCCGACCUGUUGGAGCCAGCAUACUGGAAGUUCACUGCCCCUGAUGGUUCUGUACUUCCCAACUCUGUUCCAGGUGGUGGUGGUGGUGAGGGUAGUUCUCAGUCCUCCCAUCAACAGAAGCAACAGCAACAACAACAACAACAACAGGUCACGGUCAAAGCCAAACGAAGUAGUUCAGUCAACAACAGCAUGUUGUCUUCAAGUGGGGUUUCAUCGUCCUCCAAGACAUCAGAGCCAUCCUCCCCUCUAAGCUCUUCAGUGGAUAUCACUCCGCCAGAUACACCACUUGGUACAUCUGAAGAGGAGAUACCUCCUCCACCAUCAUCAACCAGCUCUGAUUUGGAGUCAGAGGAGCAAUCCGAGUACGAAUCCAAGCUCUUCAACCUUUCAGAGACGACUGAGCGUAGUGAUGUCACAAAUACUACCGACACAGACACCAAUAACAACAACAACAACAACGACACUCCAACAUCAACCACACCUGCAUUGACGAGUAUCAACAACGAGGUUGACGAGUCACUUGGAGCACUUGAUGAGGAGAACUCAAUGACCACAAACACAGAGGAAGAGAACCUUGCUUACACUAGACAACUCGAUCCCUACGACCAGAACUUCCUCAGAGACGAGCUUCGUCGCAAUCCCAAGCUACUGUCAGUCAUGUACAAUUGUGGCAGUGUGGAUGGUAUGGAUAAGAUCGAGGGCAUACUCCUCUUUUGUCCCGCCAACAUGUACAUCUUUGAUGGCUACACCAAGGACGAGCAGACUGGUGAGGUCACAGAAGUUGAGGAAAAGAUCAACAUGGACUGGUUGGUCGAAGGCGCCGUACUACCACCCAAGAAGAUAAUCUCCCACAACAGCAUCAAGUGGGGUUACGAAGAGGUCAGAGAGGUGCUCAAGCGUCGAUACCUCUUGCGUCCUGUGGCAAUGGAGCUGUUCUCAACCGAUGGCAGAAACACUCUCUUUGUUCUCAAGGACGAGUUGACUCGUGAUGAUGUGCACUACAAAAUCAUCACAAACGUAUCGAACAACACAAUUGGUGACGUCAGCGGCAUCAGUGGCUCUCAGACCAUUGACGAUGAUUCUCGAGAGAAUCUUGGCAUGCGUGAACGUCUGACAUCGAUGUGGAGGAAAUCACCUCUGACCAUGAAGUGGCAACAGGGCCAAAUCUCCAACUUCCAGUAUCUCAUGCAUUUGAACACACUAGCUGGUCGCAGCUACAAUGACUUGACCCAGUACCCUGUGUUCCCUUGGGUGUUGCGCGACUAUGAGAGUGAUUAUCUCGACUUGGACGACCCAAAGGUAUAUCGUGACCUCUCCAAGCCAAUGGGCGCACUAAACGAAACGCGUGCCGAGAAGUUCCGCGAGCGUUUCGAGAACUGGGACGACCAAGAACCCAAUGAGCACGGCCACAACGUGCCCAAGUUCCACUAUGGCACUCACUACUCCUCGGCAGCCAUCGUCUUGUACUACCUCAUCCGUUUGGAACCGUUCACACAACACUUUCUCAAACUGCAGAGCGGCCGUUGGGACCAGGCCGACCGUCUGUUCAGUUCAAUCUCCGAGGCAUGGACCUCUUCUUCGUGUGGCUCCACUGGCUCAAUCAUGGAGCUUAUCCCAGAGUUCUACUACCUGCCCGAGUUCCUUCAGAACUCAAACAAAUUCAACUUUGGCACAAAGCAAGGUGGCGAGAUCAUCAACGAUGUGGUCAUGCCCCCGUGGGCAAAAGGAUCGGUGCAAGAGUUUAUCAAGUUGCAUCGAAAGGCACUCGAGUCAGACUAUGUGUCUGAGCAUCUACACGAAUGGAUAGACUUGAUCUUUGGCUACAAACAGCAAGGCAAGCCUGCAGAAGACUCCCUCAACGUGUACUACUACCUUACAUACGAAGGCGCCGUCAACAUUGAUGCCAUCACCGAUCCUAUCGAGAAGGCAGCCACCAUUGCACAGAUCAACAACUUUGGUCAGACCCCCAAGCAGCUGUUUGACAAACCACAUCCAAGACGAAAUCCUGUGCUCAGUUCAUUCCCAUUCUACGCCAAGUCACUUGUUGGUAAUUUCAUCAAGGACAUUGGUGAGCCUGUAGGACAAAUCCGCUUGGUGAACGAGCGUGCCUCCUGCACUGGCUUCUUUAGACACCAGCUCGCCCCAACCUUUACAAGAUACAUCACUUGGGGACUACCCGACGGUAGUAUUCGUUACAACACUGGAGAUAAGACAAAGGCGCUCGAGGAUCACCACGAUGGUCCACUCACUUGUCUGACCGCAACCGAUGAUGGAUACAUUGCCGUCAGUGGAGGUGUCGAUGGCUUGGUGUGUGUAUACAACUUGAAGCGAUACUCGCUGAGCAAACGACUGGUUGGACACACAGGCGCUAUCACUGCACUGGCAGCAUCGAGACCAUUCUCUCUAAUCGUCAGUGGAUCAGAGGACCAAACCUGUAUCAUUUGGGAUCUCAAUAGACUGCGAUACUCUAGGACACUCACUGGCCACGAUAGUCCAAUCUCGUGCAUUGGCGUACACGACACCACUGGUGAUAUUGUCACCUGCUCAGGUACCACCAUCAAUGUCUACAAUGUCAAUGGAGAAUUGGUGCUCUCGUACAAGACAUCUCAGAUAAUCUAUGACCAAAUCACAUCAUGUCUCUGGUCAAAGGGACCCGAAUGGUUGGGCGAGAAUGUGCUACUCACUGGACACCGAGAUGGAAAGAUCAAGGUGUGGGGAUUGGAGAGCAGACUUCUUCCCUCCAUUGACAAUGAUCCAUUGUCACCGCUGGCAUUCAAGAAUGUACUUCUACUACGAUCGACGUUUUACAACCAAUCAGCUCAUACCAAUGCAAUCACUGCUCUCUUUUUGACAAAUGACCAACAAAAGAUCUACUCUGGUGAUAUCGAUGGUAGGGUGUGCAUAUGGUCUGACAAUGAGAUUGUCCAGGUCAAGACGAGACCAACACCAGGACUGAAUGCAGCGUACUUAAGAAACAUAUUGCCUGCUGUCAAACAUUAA